AUGUUUGGCCAAAAUACAGUAAGAAAGGUUCUAUCCUCAGGCUCCAUAACUGAUUCGUUAUGCAAGAAACGGUUAUACGAAGCAUGUGAUCGUUUUCGUGAUAUUGAUCUUGUCAAUGCUGGAAUUCGGCUUCAGGAUCGAGCUACAGCAAUUGAUCUUAGUCGUGGUUUAGAUAUUUCACCUUUUAUUGGAUUGGUUGAUAAGAAAUUUUUGAUAAGCGGGCAUUCAGAAAGUAAAACAAAGCGUGUUGAAACAAAAGUUAUAAAAGAAAGUGUUAAGCAAGAGACUGGACGUAUACCACCUUCGGAGCUUUUCCUAUCUGAAGUCGAUAAAUAUUCAAAAUUCGAUUCUAAGGGUAUACCUACACAUGAUGCAUCAGGAAAUGAAUUAUCUAAAAGUGCUUUGAAAAAAUUACAGAAAUUAUAUAUUGCACAAGAGAAACGUCAUGCAACAUUUUUAAAAAGUAAAGAAUAA